AUGCGAAGAUUUUGGCCCAUCAUGUCCGCCGUUACUUCAGCCCCGUGGAAAUUCGCGCCGUUGAAACAGCCAUUUGUUCCUAGCCCCAACACCCGCAAGCUAGAGGGCAUCGUUUUUGAUGUCGACGGGACGCUAUGUGAACCCCAAACCUACAUGUUCGCCGCCAUGCGCUCCGCCCUCGGCAUCCCCAAAUCAGUCGAUAUCCUCGACCACGUCUACUCCCUCCCCACCCCCGAAGACCAACACACCGCCAUGGAGAAAAUCCGCACCAUAGAACGCGAAGCCAUGCUGACCCAGGUCCCCCAACCCGGCCUCGCCCCCCUAAUGUCCUACCUCGACUCCCGCUCCAUCCGCAAAGGAAUCUGCACCCGCAACUUUGACCUCCCCGUCCAGAACCUCCUUGACAAAUUCCUCCCUUCCUCCGUCUUUGGCCCCAUCGUCACCCGUGAUUUCCGCCCUCCCAAGCCCGACCCCGCUGGUAUUCUCCAUAUUGCCCGUUCUUGGGGUUUGGUGAGGAAGUCAACUGGUGAGCCUGGCAUUCCCGUUGAUGAGGCGGAGGAAAAGGAAAAGAUUGCCGAGAGGGGGCAAGAAGAGGGGGAGCUACUCCAUACGGAGAAGGGAGAGGAGGUGGCGGAUGCGAGUGGGUUGAUAAUGGUGGGUGACUCAGUGGAUGAUAUCACUGCUGGGAGGAGGGCGGGUGCCAAGACGGUCUUGUUGGUCAAUGAUGUGAAUAGACAUUUGGUGGACCAUGAGCAUACUGAUUUGGUGAUUGAGAGGUUGGAUGAACUGAUCGAGGUUUUGGAGGAGGGGAGACUUUAG